AUCAUCAGUUAUAUGAAAGAAGAAGAUGAUGUCGCAGAGGACGAGCCGGAGGCUGAACCAGUCACUGUCACCGAAGACAUCGCUCACUCCGAGACCAGCUUGAAUGCUGCCGCUGCUGCUGACCCCGCUCAAUCUUCUGCAAGUACUGUCGCUGUAGACUCCUCGAGCAAGCCGGCUGAAUCCUCAGGAGUGGCUCCACCGCCUCCUGCACAAUCCUCGGUUCGUGCCCCAGAGCACAAAGCCACCCCUGAACCUGCUCCCGCUCAAUCUGCUGCUCCGUCUCAGGUGAACGGCUUCCAUCCGGAGCCUCGCGAAGCCAAGCCACCAGAGCCGAGCACUGAACCGAUCAAGGCUGCAUCCAAGCCCCCCCAGACCGAUGCCUCACCUGCCGCCCCCUCCACGGAUGCUGCUGUGAGCACCCCGGCCCCAGCAGCUGCCGCGUCGGUUGCUUCAUCUGCUGCCACCCCUGCGGAACCUCCCAAAUCCAAGGUCGAGGCCCCCGCUCCCGCUGUACCCUCAACCUUACCCACUCCGGCUAACGCAAACGGGAGGCCAGCAGCCCCCCAAUCUAAGCCAGCAGCAGCCCCAGCGCCGGCUCCUCCAAAGCCCCUCGAUCCUCCUCAACCGGCCGCUCCCAAAACCUGGGCCAGCUUGGCUGCUAGCGGUAAGAGCGCCUGGGGCCAAGGCCAUCUCUCUGCAUCUCAGGGAGUAUCUUCCGCACCAAGCGCCGCCACUCAGGCAGCCACAGAACCUACACCGGUUCAAUCUCAAAACCGACAACCCGGUGCUGGGCCUCAACAUCCCAAUCCAGCUUCGAUUACCACUGGAGCAUGCUUCAUCAAGAGUGUCAACGAGAACAUUGAUGAGAAGACGUUGAAGGAGCAGCUGCUCAAGAAAUUCGGCCCGAUCAAGGAGUUGGAUAUCGUGCGUAACAAGGCGUGUGGGUUCCUUGAGUUUGAACGUAUCGACUCGGCCAAGAAAGCGAUUCAGAUGUCGAUGCCAUUCAACAUGGGUGGCAAGGGUGGAAUCCCGAUCGUGCUUGCCAGUGGUGAAGAGUAUGUGAUCAAUGUCGAGAGCAAACGACAGCCGGGUGAACGCGGCCGUCCGGUGGACGCUGGGCCUAAGCGUGGCUUCAGCGACCGUGGAGGACGCCCGGGAGCGAACAACUUCGGAUCCACUGGAAGCCGCGGUGGACGCGGUGGGAUGGAUAACGGCCCCCGAGCAGCCGGUCGAGGCGGCGCUAACACCCCCAGAGGUGGUGCUGCUGGCAGGAACCUCACCAACUCGAAAUAAAAGUCCACUUUCAUUUCUCGAAAUCAAAGUCCACUUUCAUUUUCUUCUCACUCUCGUUCACUGUGCCCUGCUCCUCCACUCGUCCCUCUUCUCCCACUCCCCCCCUGUUUUCUUCCAAUUAUCCCCCCCCCCCCGAACCCCCCUUAUGCAGUCUUGCUAUGCCGUCCUCACUCCCUUUCACCGUUGUCGUCAGUUUUUCCAACUAAAACGUAGUCCCCCUCCCCCCUCCACCCC